UGCCAGCACCACCAAUCCUUCAACUGGAAGAAUGUUGUACCCAUAACAACAGUGCCACAUUGUCGUGGAAGCAGCCACCUCUGUCCACAGUGCAGGUGGAAGGAUACAUCUUGGAACUGGAUGAUGGGAAUGGUGGCCAGUUCAGGGAGGUUUACGUUGGGAAGGAGACAAUGUGCACUGUGGAUGGUCUGCACUUCAACAGCACCUACAGUGCUCGGGUAAAGGCCUUCAACAAGACAGGAGUCAGCCCCUACAGCAAGACAUUGGUCCUGCAGACUUCAGAGGUUGAUAUUAAAAAAAUGGUAGCAGUGGCUUGGUUUUCGUUUGACCCCAGCACUGCUCACUCCGACAUCAUCUUCUCGAAUGACAACCUGACGGUUACCUGCAACAGCUAUGACGACCGGGUUGUAUUGGGCAAAACUGGCUUCUCCAAAGGGCUCCACUACUGGGAGUUAUCCAUCGAUCGCUAUGACAACCAUCCUGAUCCAGCUUUUGGGGUUGCCCGAAUGGAUGUUCUCAAAGAUGUUAUGCUAGGAAAAGAUGACAAGGCUUGGGCCAUGUAUGUGGAUAAUAACCGAAGCUGGUUCAUGCAUAACAACUCACAUACCAACAGGACUGAAGGAGGUAUCACCAAAGGUGCCACUGUAGGCAUCUUGCUUGAUUUGACCAGGAGGACCUUGACUUUCUCCAUCAACGAAGACCAGCAAGGACCAGUGGCCUUUGAGAAUAUGGAGGGAAUAUUCUUUCCUGCUGUCAGUCUCAAUCGGAAUGUGCAAGUAACACUUCACACUGGCUUGCCGGUCCCGGACUUCUACAAUGCACGGGGAUCCCUGCAGUAGAGACGCCCUCAUGCCUUUUUCUCAGGACACAUCAAGAGAGCUGCACUGACCUUCUUCAAGAAUUGACCUCACAGGAGCAAGAAGGAGAAUAUCUGGUCAUCUGGCAACUCCAAAGCAGCAAAAAUCUUUUUUUUAAAAAAAAGCAGAGUGGAAGAAACUAAAGAAAAACAAGGACAAAACAGACUUGGCACCUCUACAAGCUGCAGCAAUUGACCCCACCCCACCCCCAUCCCCUAGUUUCUCUAACCCCACAUGCUGUGCGUGAGUUAGCUUUGCUAUUUUUGCUUUUUGGUUGAUCACAGAAUUCCUGGACAAACCGAGGUGUAACUCUUGUUUCCAGUUUUGGUUUUAUUCCUUGCUAAAGGGUUUUUCCUUUUCCUUGAGUGCAAGCCAGAAGUCAUGACAUAGCAGAUGUGGUUGACUCCCAGAGAAGAGAUGGUUUAUAGUCAUAUUGCUGUGGAUUAAGUUCAAAAAUGGCACCCCAAACAUUUCUAUGCCCUGAUGGCUUGCAAGAAUUGCUUUCUCUGAGUCCAUCUAACUUCAUCUCCACCUUCUCCUCUUUCUUUGCAGUCUUUCUCCAUGAAGAAUAUCGUCAAAAAGUAUUGGACUUGGGUUGCCAUGCAGUUGGUGUUUGUAGGGACAAAUGGUAAUAAUAAUAAAUACCACAAUGGAAGCUCUACCCUUGCCAUAUUUGCAUGCACUGUUGCAAUGUAGAUAUGAAAGGGUGGAGUUUAUGUUGUGACACCACAGCACAUAUCUUGUUUUGGCAUCAUCCUGGCUACAUGUGUCUCCAAAUAUCACAAAAUCCUUUGGAGACCAUUACAUAAGCAGAUGCCAUCAAACAUAAUGGCCACAGAAUCCCAGAAUUAAAUAAAAAAAUUGAUUUUUAAAAAUGGCCCAAACUUCACACGAUUGCCAAAUCCUAUGAGACUAAUUAGGAGCAGGAAUGCCAAAUAUUUUACAUUUUUAUUGGCUCCUUUAAAAAUAAGUUCAUAUUGGUACCCGUGACAGAGGUACCUUGUGUCUUCUUAUGGACUACCCUGAGAUUAAAGAUUGAGAAUCUAUAUACAAAGCCAUGCAGAAUUAAUAAUUUUAAAAAUCCAGUGUUUUAUUUUUCCAGUGAAAGCAAACAGAAAGAUGAUCAUAUUAUUUCCAUCGAAAUGGUAGGCAAGCACUUUUGUUGGAACAGAGAGAACUCACAACAUCCAGACAUAUUAUUCCUCAUUUUUAAUUCAUAGACCACUUUUUCAAUCAGAACAAUAGCCACUGCAGAUCAUCACCAAUGCAGAAAACAGGAAACUAACAGGUUUUUUUUUAAACAACAGCAGGAAUCUCUAGUUUACAUGUGGUUUCUUAUAAUAGCAACAAUAAUAGGAACAUUAGAGUUACAUCACAUUUUUCUUUUAGAUCUCAAAGUAGCUUACAUAGGAAUUCUUCCCUUACUUUAUUUCCCGCAAAUAGCUAUAGCACUUAGACUUGUAUACAGCUUCACAAUGCUUUUACAGCCCUCUUUAAGCCGUUUACAAAGUCAGCAUAUUGCCCCCAACAAUCUGGGUCCUCAUUUUACCUACCUCGAAAGGAUGGAGGUCUGAGACAAGCUUGAGCUGGUCAAGAUCGAACUCCAGGCUGUGGUCAGAGUUAGCCUGCACUACUGCAUUCCACCAUUGGAUUCUGUCAUUGGAUUCCUAAUUAAUGAAUUAGUUAAUCAUAGAAGACAGGUUGAGCUGGGUAAGUGGAAGAUAAAUGCAAAGUUGGCUAUAAAUUGAAACCAUGAUUGGUUUACCCAGUCAAUCUUCUGAGAUGGCAACUCCAUCAGAUAUGUUUGAUUCUCUUUUGUUCAAAAAAUCUAGUGCAGCUUUUUAAAUUUUUCCUUCCAGUCUUGAGAGUGUGUUGAAUGCAAGGGAGAUCUUAACAAUCUAGGAUUCUUAGUUUGUAUUAGUUUUGUCAUGUGAAACAAGUCCAAAGCCAGACUUUCCUACAUCAUCAUCAUCAUCACCACCACCACAAAAUAAUGGAGCCAAAUGCAAUAAACCCUAGCUAUGUUGCAGAAUCAACAUCCUGCUAGAGAAAACAAGUUUCAUUCAUAGACAGCAAUUAUCUUCUGCCAAACCAUCCAAGAUAGUUCUACCUCUCCGUGGCAAGCUAACAGGGAAAACAGAUGAUUCAGAUAAGUUCAGCAUAUGAUUGUAUAUGAAGAGCCCUAUUGCGCCAUCAAGCUAACCAAGAUCAAAUGCUGCCAAUCUGCUGGGCUCCAUUGGUAGUUGGGAAAAAUGCUGGUCACAUGCGGAAAGUACCAUUUUGGAGAACCCUGACCAAGACUCAGGUUCCUACAGAGGCAGCUGGGAUUCUGGAUGCUGAACUGUGCUUUGGAUUCCUGGAUGGUUUGCAAAGUAACCAACUUGACUUAUGGCUUCCUACAGAUGUCACUUACCACUUUGGGAAGAUACAAGGCAACCAUUUUGCUAUUGUCAUUGUUCUUAGAGGGAAUUUCCCUGACCACAUAAACACAGAGCACUAUUCCUUGACAAUAUUUCUAAAUGAACUACGGGGACGGGGGAAGUAUCUCUUGAGAUUUUUUUUUUCUUUCUGUUUCUGUAAGCAAACUAUUAUAUGGGUAUGACUUUCUCUUGAUUGUACACUGGCGCUUAUCACACGUCUUUUCUCCCACACAUAAAUGCGAGCAGUUUGUCAGCCAUUUUAGGCAACAGCAUUUUUCAUAGCUAUAGUGAAAGUGUUGCAUCUAUAAAAAAAAAAAAAAAAAGAGGGCAUGCUGUAUCAGACCGAGCACAUAUUUGUGGCUAAUGUAUGGACAAGCAAAGAUGCCUCCUCGGUGUGUUCUUCUUUUCAAGUAAUGAACUCUGCCAUGGUAACAUUUCACGAUUCCUAGCUGUGAAACCAGGCCAAUUCAUGUUGGGUCAUCAAAAGAUGCUCCAUGAGGUUUUUUUAAUAUUCUCCUUUAUCUCGAUCAUUGCUUUAUUUCCGUAUCCUGGCAUUGUAAACAUUUUGCAAUUGUAAUGCUACCAUCCUACAUUUCUGCUGGGUUAGAAUGAACGGUUUUGCAGUGGCCUAUCAUUCCAGAAGGCCUACAUUAUGUUCGGCUGUAGUGCAAAAGGAGAAGGAGUGGUGCCUAAUACAAGCAGAGACUGAGGCACAUUUAAAUCAUUAGCAUGAAAAAUGAGUUAUGGCCUAGUUACCCGUGCAGUUGUAUGUAUUCCAUGGAACUUUGCUACUUUCUUUGGAAGGUCUAGAGUCUUGCUUAGCAAAGCCAUAAGAUAAUAGUUUGUUAGAAGUUUACAUCCAGCAAUGAACAAAGUAGCAAAGCAGUAAGUGAAUAUCAGAUAGUAGAAAUUGGGAGAGCUUGGAAACAUCUAAGAUGCUGUUCCAGCAGGAGAUAAAGUAUAAAUGAGCCCUGGAGUUUUUGAUGGUGCAGACCCAAGUUCUCCGGAAGUCCCUCAACUUGGAGAGGAGGACCUGAAAAGAGAGGGACUUCUUGAAACUUAGUAGUUUCAUGGCAGUUAGAAAUAGUUAAAUUGUAUGGCUUGGUCUAGCUCAAAAAGAGAUUGUGCUGCCCAUGCAGGCUGUGGGUUUAAGAAUUUGACAUCACUUUCAUGGAGAUUGUGGGUGAGGGUCCUUCACAGGUUGGGACUUCCACUGCUUCUACAUCAAUGCAUGUGGACCACUUGGGGGGGGGUUCAGAUUGGUGCUAUUUUAGAGGACGUCACCUCUGAAAGUUAUGCUUAUCACUCUCUGCCAAUGGAUCUUGCUCCCCCACUUGAAGGUGACUGAUUAUUUAGGCUAAUUAUGUACAUAAUACAUUUUCCACAUUUGUUCAUUAUGGUUGCUGUCAUUGUAUUUUUUUCUCCAACCAGAGAUAGCAUGCUGGUCUCCAUAGUGGUUGCUUUCAAUUUAGUUCAUAUUCUCUCUCUCUCUCUCU